AGUGCUCAGAAAUGGCACCAAACUUUUAUUUUAUUUGAUAUUUUAAACAUGACAUAUUUAGCCGAAUUAAUUCUCCGGGUUCAAACAGCGGGGUUAAAGCUCCAAAACCCUCCACGGGAAAACACAGCAGGUGUGCCUGAUUGGAGACCGGCAGGUGAAGUAACGACAGAGCGGAGAAGAACGUCUCGUUUGACUGCAAAUAUUACAAUAACUCCAGCGUAUCCUGCAUAUACCCACAUAUCGUUACUGCAAUGAGCUUAACGGGCUUGAAGCUUCCCGUGGCUCUGCUGCUUUUCCUCGGGUUCGCGUUGGACAGGGUUGAGGGAAUCUGCCGUGUGGAGCAUUGCACUGACACCACAAGAUGCGUCCUGUCUAAAGACCAGAGGAGCUGCAAAUGUGCUGUCGGCUUUUAUGCCGACAAGUGUGACCGAAAUGCACACCUCAAGGUUAUGUGUGGUAAAGACCACGUAGCAAUCAGAGCAGCAGAAGCUUUCUUCGAGUAUCACGGCGUGCCACUGGAGUCCCUUCACUUGCCAAACAAAUCUUGUGGCGCUAAGAGAGAGCAUAUCGACGGCGUCCCGUACUAUGUGUUCAGGGUUUCCAAACACAAAUACGUGACCUGUGGAGGUCUGCCGUUUGAGAAAAAUUUAACUCACAUCUGGUUUUCCCUGAGUGUGAGGUCAGACCCUCGGGUUACUGGAAACAUUGUUAGAGAUCCAGUUAUCAGGAUGGAUUUCACGUGCGUGUAUCCAUUCAUCAGAAGAGUCAGUCUGCCUUUUUCAGUUUCACCAAUCUCCAGCGAGACGGUGAUGCGAGUAGAGGAACUUGAAGCCAAGAUACGGAUGAUGCUGUACACAGACCACACUUACACUAAACCUUACACGAGCUCUCCAACCAUUGAACUCCGAGACAAGGUGUAUGUCGAGGUUACAAUGAUGGAGCCUGCAGAUUUAUUUCUGCUCCGAGUAAACGAGUGUUGGGCCACACAGUAUCCCCAGCCGAACUCUACAGAGGGAUCUGUUCACUUUCUGCUGCAGAAUGGGUGUGUGAAGGACCAAACGGUUUCCUUCCUUAAUAUAACCGAGGGACAGUCUGGACGUAAUGGGCAGAACUCCACCGUCCGCUACAGCUUCGACAUGUUUCGCUUCACAGCAGAUCCCCAUGACCUCUACCUGCACUGCACCGUGCAGCUGUGUGAACUGGACGACCACGAGUCCUGCAUUCCUAAUUGUAACUCGAUCAGUAAGAGAGAAGCAGUGAGAGCAGACCCCGAUCAGGGUCUCCUCACCUAUGGACCCAUCAGGAUUGAAGUACCAGACAGAUCUCAGUCCAGCGUACUGUUGGCGGUGGUGCUGCCCGUAGCAGCUGUGUGGACUCUCGGCUUCUUCCUCAUCAUCCUCAUCACUGUGGCCAAGGCUUGCAGAAAGAGGCUAGUGAAAAUAGAGGAGCACUGAUGACAAUGCUGCUGCUCUUGGCAGCACAAAUAAAACAUUAAAAUGUGCAUAUAUCCUUUU